AUGCCGUCCUGGAAACGCAAAAACAAAGUCGACUCCCACAAGGAGUCCGACGGCAAGGGAAAUGCUACAUCUUCCCCAACUACCUCAGCUCACGCUCUCUUCUCCACUGUACACGACUCAUUAACCACCUCCCACAGCCGCCCCUCAACUCCCAUAUCAGGCAACGCAUCAUCAUCUUCCACCAACUCCAACAAUGAUUCUGGCCCAGAAACAACAGCUCCCACAACAACAACAACAACAACAUCAUCAUCCCCCGAAGAUCUGCGCCGACAAGCCAGGCGCGAUGCCGAAUUCGGCCCCUUGGGCCAUCCAUCCCAUCUGUACGGCUCGCAACACGCCGGCGGCGCCGUUCCAGACCCUAUAAUUGAUGAACCGCCAUACUUCUACAUGCUCACAACAUACAUAAGUUUUUUGAUUCUGAUAUUCGUGGGCCACACGCAAGACUUUCUAGCGAGAUGGUUCACGCCAUACAAACACCGACAUCUAAUGGUUCAGGACGGGUAUGCACCCAUAUACAGCGAUUUUGAUAGCUUCUACGCUCGCCGACUCAAGCUGCGUAUCAACGACUGUUUUGAGCGCCCCACCACAGGCGUGCCCGGAAGAUACAUUACAUUAUUGGACAGAGAAACGAUAGAUUAUAACGAACAUUUCCGGUUCACGGGCACCACGACGGAUACCCUUAACCUCAGCUCAUACAAUUACCUAGGCUUUGCGCAAAGCGAAGGUCCCUGCGCUGACUUUGCGGAGGACACACUCCGCAAAUCAGGGAUUACUAUGACGGGCACCAUCGGCGAUGCAGCCACGUCGUCUCUACACGUUGAAGUAGAGCGGCAAAUCGCCCGAUUCGUGGGCAAGGAUGAUGCGCUUGUCUUCUCCAUGGGGUUUGUGACGAAUGCUACUAUCUUCCCGGCGUUGGUGGAUAAAGGCUGUUUGAUUCUGUCGGAUGAAUUGAAUCAUGCCUCAAUCAGGUUUGGUGCGCGGUUGUCCGGGGCCAGUAUUCAGGUGUUUGCGCAUAAUAAUAUGGCGGAUCUGGAAAAGAAGUUGAGAGAUGCUAUUUCCCAGGGACAGCCGCGGACUCAUAGGCCCUGGAAGAAGAUUUUGGUUACUGUGGAAGGGCUUUAUUCGAUGGAAGGCACGAUGGUGAAUCUUCCGGGUAUUAUGGAGUUGAAGAAGCGGUAUCGGUUUUAUUUGUAUAUUGACGAGGCGCAUUCAGUCGGUGCUGUGGGUCCCAGAGGUCGUGGUGUCUGCGAUUACUUCAAGGUUGAUCCCGCCAACGUUGAAAUUCUGAUGGGCACGUUCACGAAAUCCUUUGGUGCGAAUGGCGGUUAUAUUGCCGCAGACAAGAUCAUUGUCGAUAAAUUGAGGGCGACGUGUUCCGGACAGGCAUUUGGUGAAUCUCCCACCCCUCCGGUCCUGGCUCAGAUCUUGGGUGCACUACGACAAAUCGCCGGCGAAGAAAUGGGUAAAGAGCGUCUGCAACGUCUGGUCUUCAACUCACGCUAUCUCCGUCUCGGCCUUAAACGUUUAGGUUUUAUUGUCUAUGGCCACGACGACUCCCCCAUCAUCCCGCUCAUGCUCUACAACCCAGCCAAAAUGCCCGCCUUUUCGCACGAAAUGCUCAAACGUAAGAUCUCGGUGGUCGUGGUUACAUACCCAGCCACGCCAUUGGAACUGUCGCGAGUAAGAUUCUGUGUAAGUGCAGCCCAUACCAAGGCAGAUCUAGAUCGGUUGUUGGUUGCUUGCGACGAGGUUGGAGAUGCUUUGCAGAUCAAGUUUUCGUCUGGUAUUGCUGGCGGCUUGCACGAGAGACCUAGUUUGGAUGAGAUAGGGAAGAAAGGGAUCAAGAGGGAGAAACCCAGGUGGAGGGUUGAGGAGGUUAUUGAGAGGGGGGUUAGAGAUGUCAGGGGGCAGUUGUAUUGA